AACAGCAGCAGCAGCAGUAUCAGAGUGGAGGAGCUCGGUGAUCGGAGAGGAGUCCUGAGAACCAGCAGACCGAGUGAGAUCUCAGCUGGAGGAUAAUCAAAGCGUCUGCAUUUCCUCGCCGCCGGGCUUUAAGAUACCUCUCACGCUACGAUUCUGUGUGUUCAACAAAUUGAGUGCAACUGAGGCUGAACCCAGGCCUGUGUGUGUGUGAAUGUGUGUGUAUUAGUGUGUGUGUGUGUGUGUGUUUAAACAUGAGAGACCAGCAGAGACCCGUCCACCAGCCCUCCUUCCUGCUCCUGAUGCUGCUCCUGAUGCUCCUCGCCCGGCUCUCCCAGCUGUGGGCCUUCCCCUUCAGCCCGUCUCUGGACCUGGACGUCACUCCCAGGACUACUGUGUUUUCCAAAGGCUUGUUGAGCUGCACUCGUUUCUCCGGCUCUUCCAGGAACUACAGCACCCUCCUGCUGGAGGAGGAGGCGGGGCUUCUGUACGUGGGAGGAAGAGGAGCUCUGUACGCACUCAACACCUCCGACAUCUCCACACCUGCAAACCUAACAAUCGAUUGGGACGCUUCCCCUGAACAGAAGAAGCAGUGUUUAAACAAAGGCAGAGACAAUCAGACGGAGUGUUUCAAUCACAUCCGCUUUCUGCAGCGCUACAACGAGACUCAUCUCUACGUCUGCGGAACGAACGCCUUCAAACCUCUCUGUGCUUAUAUAGAUGCAGAGCGGUUCAACUUGUCGUCCGGGUUCGAGGAGGGCAGAGACAGGUGUCCAUAUGACCCGGCUAAAGGAUACACCGGCCUGCUCAUAGACGGCGAGAUGUUCACCGCGUCUCAGUACGAGUUCCGCAGCUCACCUGACGUACGGAGGAACUUCCCGUUCCCCACGCUGAGGACGGAGGAAGCCCCCACCCGCUGGCUCCUGGAGGCAGAUUUCGUAGGCUCUGUGCUGCUGAAAGAGAGCAUCAACAGCUCCAUUGGUGACGACGACAAGAUUUACUUCUUCUUCACGGAGAGGAGUCAGGAACAGAUCGCCUACCCGAGUCAGACCAAGGUGUCAAGGAUCGCACGAGUCUGCAAGGUUAGAGAGAAGAAGAACUAA